AGGACAUUUAAGCACAUUCAGGGGGUGGUGCUAGUCCUACAAAUAGCAUAAUCAAUCCACUUGAUUUACACAGGCAAAGCCACAAUUAAGUUAAUUACAAACUCACAACUUCUUUGAUUUAUACUUUUAACUGUUGUUUUUUAAUUAGUACCAUGGCAGUGAAGAGUAAAAUCCUAGUCCUAGGAGGAACAGGUUACAUAGGAAAAUUCAUAGUUGAGGCAAGUGCUAAAGCAGGACACCCCACUUUUGCUUUGAUUAGAGAAAGCACAAUUUCUCAUCCUGAAAAAUCUAAGCUUAUUGAGAACUUCAAGAGUUAUGGAGUUACUUUGCUAUAUGGUGAUCUAAGUGAUCAUGAAAGUCUUGUUAAGGCAAUUAAGCAAGUUGAUGUUGUUAUUUCAACACUUGGUGGAGCACAAAUAAAUGAUCAAAUCAAGCUCAUAUCAGCAAUAAAAGAAGCUGGAAACAUCAAGAGAUUUCUGCCAUCAGAAUUCGGGCUUGAUGCUGACCGUCACCACGCUGUUGAGCCAGCAGCUGGUUUUUUGGCGCAAAAAGCACAAAUUAGAAGGGCAAUUGAAGCUGAAGGGAUUCCUUACACUUAUGUUGUCUCUAACGCUUUCGCUGGAUACUUCCUCCCUACAUUAGCACAACAAAAUGUUACUGCACCUCCCCGAGAUAAAGUGGUCAUUCUCGGAGAUGGAAAUGUAAAAGGAGUUUAUGUCAGGGAGGAAGACAUUGGAACUUAUACCAUCAAAGCAGUAGAUGACUCAAGAACUUUGAACAAAACAAUAUACUUUAGGCCUCCUGCCAAUGUUUUGACUUUCAACGAGCUUGUCUCCAUAUGGGAGAAUAAGAUUAAGAGCACUCUUGAGAAAAUCUAUGUUCCAGAGGAUCAACUUCUUAAGAGUAUUCAAGAAUCUCCUUUCCCUGCAAACUUCAUGGCGGCAUUAGGUCACUCAAUGCAAGUAAAGGGAGAUUCCGCUAAUUUUGUGAUUGAACCUUCUUUUGGCGUGGAAGUUACCGAACUUUAUCCCGAUGUAAAAUAUACUAGUGUCGACAACUAUUUGAAUGCAUUCGUUUGAAGUGUAGGAAAUGCGCCAUCACACCAUAAAACCGGUCCACCAAAGUUAAAUAAAGGCCAUAACAUGCUUACUGUUGGUCAAAAUUUCAUAUCUUGUAUCUCUGUUAAUCACAGACCAAAGUUGUGCUUGUAUUACCAUCAAAAGAAUCAUUUCAUAUUUUAGUUUGUAACAUUUGCUUUGUCAUGUACUUUGUUUGCUUAUCCAUGUAUUGAAAGAAAGUUCCAUCAUGUAUUACAAUAUGUUUAUCCCUCUUUAUAAGGGGGAGAACAAAUAUCAAAUAUAAUGAAGUUUCAUUUUGACAUA